GGCUGCGGCGGCCGCAGCCCGCGCCAUGGGCGACGUGAAGAACUUCCUGUACGCCUGGUGCGGCAAGAGGAAGGUGACGCCGGCCUACGAGAUCCGCGCGGCGGGCACCAAGAACCGGCAGAAGUUCCUGUGCGAGGUUAGAGUGGAAGGCUUUAACUACAUUGGCAUGGGCAAUUCCACUAACAAGAAAGAUGCGCAGAGCAAUGCUGCUCGAGACUUUGUCAAUUACUUGGUUCGAGUGAAUGAAAUGAAGAGUGAAGAAAUUCCUACUUUUGGGCCAGCAGGUGGUGAUACCCCUGAUGGGCUGAUGCAUGGAGAAGCUAGAGAUGUUACUGGUUCCAGUUCUGCUUUGGGUGGACCUCUUCCACCACAUUUGAUUCUAAAGGCUGAGAUAGAUAAUGACCCAGGGGCAGCACCUGGAAGCUCUGGCUGUGGUGGAGCUCAAUGGGAUCGGGGAGCAAAUUUGAAAGAUUACUAUUCGAGGAAAGAGGAACAAGAAGUGCAGGCAACCUUGGAGUCAGAAGAAGUGGACUUAAAUGCUGGUCUUCAUGGGAAUUGGACCUUGGAAAAUGCUAAGGCACGUCUGAACCAGUUUUUCCAAAAGGAGAAGAUUCAGGGAGAAUAUAAAUACACUCAAGUGGGGCCUGAUCACAACAGGAGUUUUAUUGCAGAAAUGAACAUUUAUGUAAAACAACUGGGCAGAAGGAUCUUCGGUCGCGAGCAUGGAUCAAACAAAAAGCUGGCAGCGCAGUCUUGUGCCCUUUCCUUAGUUAGACAACUCUACCAUCUUGGUGUCAUAGAACCUUAUUCUGGACAGACAAAGAAGAAGGAAGGAGAAUCGGUGGAACCCUAUGAAGUAUCGAUCUCUUCUGACUUAGAAAAUCAGCUGCAAAACAUUGUACGGGAGCUGUCUCUGGAGACUGUCCCACGGCCUGAAGAUCCCAGGAAUCCAGUUCUGAUUAACAUUGGAAAGCUGGCACAUUUUGAACCAUCCCAGAAGCAAAGUCAAAUGGGAGUUGUUCCAUGGUCACCACCUCAGCCCAACUGGAACCCUUGGACCAGCUGCAAUAUUGAUGAGGGUCCUCUGGCUAAUGUCACUCCAGAGCAAAUAAGCAUGGAUUUGAAAAAUGAUCUUGUAUACCGGUUGGAGCAAGAUCAAGAAUUACAAAGGAUACUGCGAGAGAGGGAGGCUCUACCUGUGAAGAAUUUCGAAAAUGAAAUUCUGGAUGCCAUCCAUCACAAUUCUGUGGUUGUAAUCCGUGGUGCCACAGGUUGUGGCAAAACCACACAAGUUCCACAAUACAUACUGGAUGAAUAUAUCAAAAACAACAGAGCUGCAGAAUGCAGUAUAGUAGUGACACAGCCUCGGAGAAUUAGUGCAGUUUCUGUAGCAGAACGCGUGUCAUAUGAGCGAGGAGAACAACCGGGGCAGAGCUGUGGGUACAGCGUACGAUUUGAAUCCGUGCUUCCUCGGCCACAUGCCAGCGUGAUGUUCUGCACUGUAGGUGUUCUUCUGAGAAAGCUGGAGGCUGGGAUCCGUGGCAUUAGUCACGUUAUUGUUGAUGAGAUUCAUGAGAGAGAUAUUAAUACUGACUUUCUUUUGGUGGUGCUGAGAGAUGUAGUUCAGGCAUAUCCUGAAAUCAGGGUUAUCCUCAUGUCUGCCACCAUCGAUACUAGCAUGUUCUGUGAAUACUUCUUCAACUGUCCUAUCAUUGAGGUCUUUGGUAGAACCUUCCCCGUUCAAGAGUAUUUUCUGGAAGAUUGCAUUCAAAUGACUCAGUUCAUUCCUCCUUCAAAGGAUAAGAAGAAGAAAGAGAAGGAUGAAGAAGGUGGUGAAGAUGAUGAUGCCAAUUGCAACCUUAUUUGUAGUGAUGAGUAUGGCCCAGAAACAAAACGUUCUAUGGCUCAGCUGAAUGAGAAGGAAACUCCUUUUGAACUCAUUGAGGCCCUGCUAAUGUAUAUUGAAACUCUGAACGUCCCAGGAGCUGUACUUGUUUUUUUGCCUGGCUGGAACUUGAUAUAUACAAUGCAGAAGCAUCUAGAAAUGAAUCCACACUUUGGAGGCCACCAGUAUAGAAUUUUACCUCUUCAUUCACAAAUCCCUCGUGAGGAACAGCGUCGAGUGUUUGACCCUGUGCCUCCUGGAAUAACCAAAGUUAUUUUAUCUACCAACAUUGCUGAGACUAGCAUUACCAUCAAUGAUGUGGUCUAUGUUAUAGACUCUUGCAAACAAAAAGUGAAACUCUUCACUGCCCACAAUAACAUGACAAACUAUGCCACAGUCUGGGCAUCAAAAACUAAUUUGGAGCAGAGGAAAGGGAGAGCUGGCCGUGUGCGUGCUGGAUUUUGUUUCCAUUUGUGCAGUAGAGCUCGCUUUGAAAGGCUUGAAACUCAUAUGACACCUGAAAUGUUUCGAACACCACUUCAUGAAAUUGCCUUGAGCAUCAAAUUACUGCGGCUGGGAGGGAUUGGUCAAUUUUUGGCCAAAGCAAUAGAGCCACCGCCUUUGGAUGCAGUGAUUGAAGCAGAACACACGCUAAGAGAGCUUGAUGCCCUGGAUUCCAAUGAUGAGCUGACACCUCUUGGAAGAAUCCUAGCCAAACUUCCCAUUGAACCUCGUCUUGGCAAGAUGAUGAUAAUGGGCUGUAUUUUUUAUGUGGGAGAUGCUGUUUGUACCAUCUCUGCAGCCACCUGCUUCCCUGAGCCAUUCAUCAGUGAGGGCAAACGGCUGGGUUAUGUCCACAGGAAUUUUGCUGGGAACAGGUUUUCGGAUCAUGUUGCUCUGCUCUCAGUCUUCCAAGCCUGGGAUGAUGCAAGAAUGGGCGGUGAAGAAGCGGAAAUGAGAUUUUGUGAACACAAAAGACUUAACAUGUCUACUCUUAGAAUGACUUGGGAAGCAAAAGUCCAGCUGAAAGAUAUACUUACUAAUUGUGGCUUCCCAGAAGAAUGUUUGAUGACUCAAGCAUUUAACAACACUGGACCAGAUAAUAAUUUGGACGUCGUAAUCUCCUUGCUUGCUUUUGGGGUCUACCCCAAUGUGUGCUACCACAAGGAAAAGAGGAAGAUUCUUACCACUGAGGGGCGCAAUGCACUUAUCCACAAGUCGUCCGUCAACUGCCCUUUCAGCAGCCAAGACGUGAAGUAUCCAUCACCUUUUUUUGUUUUUGGAGAAAAGAUCCGAACACGAGCCAUUUCUGCCAAAGCAAUGACCUUGGUAAGCCCGCUGCAGCUGCUUCUGUUUGCCUCCAAGAAAGUCCUGUCUGACGGGGAGCUCAUUCUGGUGGAUGACUGGAUCAAACUGAAGAUGUCCCAUACUGUAGCUGCCUGCAUCACUGCUUUGCGUGCUGCAAUGGAGGGUCUUGUUGUGGAAGUAACUAAAGAUCUCGAGAUGAUUAGGCAGCUGGACCCAGUAAACGAGCGAAUGUUGAAUGUGAUCCGUCAGGUCUCUAGGCCUUCAGCCGCAGGCAUCAACCUCAUAGCCGCCAGCACCAGGAAGGGCGCGAGGCGCUCCCUAAUGGAAGGGCUGCUUCCUGACACGUUUCACCGCUCGUUCCAAAACACGGUGACUUUCAAAGAAAAGAUGAUCCGAAUUUAUUCUGGGCAAGCCUAGUCAUUUCUGACCCUGGGAACAAAAGUAAAUAUUUGGCUACUCUGUUUUCCUCUUGCUCCCCUCCGUAGCCCUUUAUAGGCUUAUUUUCAUGUUUUAUUUCUGAAGCAAAGGAAAAUGAACACAUCCAGCUUAGAUACGUACUUCACUGGAUCGCUGCUCAUACAGGUAGGAACUGGGCUUCCUGCUCGUGUGUGAGCUGGACCGAGGGGAAAACUUGCUGUCUCGGAUGUGGACCUGUCUGAGAGGAUCUGCUCAGGUGGCACUUCAGGCUCUUCCUGGCUGUUUUUUAAUGAAGUGAAAGGGAGCAAGAGUGCAAGCUUUAAGUGAAUUGCUUAAACAGAAAACCAGGGCGUAUUAACUGAGCCUUCUGCAAAUUCAUUAAUCCUGGGAUUUUAAAAAGGAAUGGAAUCUGUUAAAUCGUGUCAAAUACAC